AUGAGUCCACCUCUGCCUUCGCCGCGCCUCGACGGCAUGAUUCUCGACGCCAUUCGGCCGCUCCUCAACCUCGGCCAUGCCAACGACGUGUUCGUGAGCACUGGCCAACAACUGCUGGCGGCAUCGAUUGCGGCCGCUGUCGAGAAGGACCUGCCCAUCACGUUUGUCUUGCCGGCGUUUCCUUGCAAGUCGCCAAAUGCCGCCACCGAGGUGCUCGGGGUUCUUCCCGACCGCGGCGAAGAGCUCGCGCUCGGCCGUCUCGAAGCCAUGUGCGCCGCGAUUGGGGCCGUGUACCCCCCGGGCGCGACGGUCACCAUCUUCAGCGACGGCCGCGUCUUCAGUGCGAUCCUCGGUGUGCCGACAGCGGUCGUGCUCGCGUACAAGAAAGCGCUCGUCGCCAUGGCCGCAGACCAUGCACACAUCGUCUUUGACAGUUUGGACAACCAUGCCGACUCGAUCGACGCGCUUUUGCGCCGGUUUCACGUCGACGCCAAUGUCGUCCACGAUCUUCUGCAGCACGACGCAGGUCUGCAAGCGACGCACGCAACGUUCCUCGGCUUCCUCGCGCGCGACCUGCCCGAGGCAACGAGCGACGAGCGGCGAGCGGCGGCCAACGCGAUGCUGCAGCGCAACGUCGCGUUUGCCCGACUCGUCGACGAGGUCUUUCCGAGCGCGAUUCGCCUCUCGAUCCACGCCACGUCGAACGCCGGGCCCAAGUUUGGCGUCCUUCUCUUGCCGCAAGCGCCGACGACCCGCCCGCGCACGCCGUGGCACUGUGUCGUCUGCGAAGAUCUCGACGGCACCGUGUCGGCGAUUCCGCGCCACGAGGUGGAUACGACGCGCUACGAACUCGUCACCAAACGCGGUCAACCGUGGGGCUUUGUGGAAACGCCCGAGUCGGCGUUGGCGGCGAUGGACGUGACGCUGGCGCCGUGGCGUCAAGGUCUCCUGAUCACGGCCAACAACACACGCCAUCAUCCAUUGUCGCUGCGCGAGCUGCCAGCACGCGCGUUGCGGGCGCUCGCCACCAAGCACAGUGUGGUGUGCCUCCGCGGGUUCUGCGAAAACGACGAUAUCGAGGCCGUCGCGUCGCACCUCGGUGAGAUCCUCUCGUGGCCCACUGGCAACAUCCUCGAGCUCAAGCAGGACAAGCUCGAGGGCCUCGCGUCGCGGUCGCACGAGCCCAUGGCGUUCCAUUACGACGGCAUGUUCAAGCGCAUUCCAAACAGCAACGUCCUCGGCGAUGUGCCGCUGUACCAAUUCUUCCAGUGCUUUCAGCCGUACCCCGACCCGGACGACGACACGAACGGACGCACGCUCUUUGUCGACUCGCGUCGACUCCUCGCCGCGCUGCCCGCCAAUGACGUCGAUCGACUGCGAGGCUUGCGCAUGACGGCGCAGACCGCUGCCAACGCCAUGUACGGGUCGGCCAGCCUCACCCACUACGCAGACAUUGUGAGCCGCCACCCCGUGACGGGCGAGGAGAUCUUGCGCUUCCAUGAACCGUGGGGGGCCGAUCGCACCGAGUACCAGCCGACGACGAUCACGAUCCAGAAAAAAGAUGGAGGCUCCGAGGACGAGAACGCAACCGAGCAAGCGUGGUGCUUUGAGACACUGGUGCCGCUGCUCUACGACGCCACGUUUUGCUACUCGCACCAGUGGCGAAAAGGCGACUUCGUGCUCUCCGACAACUUUGUUCAGCUGCACAGCCGGACGCCCAUGGCCAAGGUGGGCCGCGAGAUCCAGCGCAUCCACAUCAAUUAAAACCAGUUCAGAGAUAAAAACACGUAAUAGUAGAGCAAAGAUUCCAG